AUGCUGGCCACCAGGCUUCGUUGCGUCGCACGUCCUCCCUCCCUCUCCGCCGCCAAGGCAGCUCGAUCAUCGACACACGGCGCGUCCAGCGCGCCACGCGCUCUCCAAGCCGCACGCGUUCAAGUCCAAGCACGGCACGCAAGCUUUCGCUCUGGCCGCAACUACGUCAGAUUCGACGGCAGCAGCAGCUCGCGGAACAUCCCGCGAUGGAACGACCGGCGUAUGCAGAUGGUGUACGGCGUGACCGCGGCCGGCGUCCUGUACUAUGUCUCGCAUCUAGAGCAAGUGCCAGAAUCGGGCCGCUGGCGGUUCAUGGACGUCUCACUAAGCACUGAGCGCAAGAUGGCCGAAGAGGCGCACAAGAUGGUCCGAGACGAGUUCCAUGACAAGGCGCUGCCCCCGAACCACCCCGUCACCCGGCACGUCCGGCGCGUCGCCUCGCAGAUCCUCGAAGGCUCCGGCCUCGGCCAGCUCGAUGUUGCGGAGCCCGGCGAGGCAGGCCAGACGCCGCGCGGUGCGUGGAGCGCGGACGGGGGCGCGCUCGAUGAGGUCCCGCAGGAUGCGGAGGGGACGCCGAAGUGGCGGCUGUACGUCGUCGACGCGCCGGGGAUCCCGAACGCGAUGGUCACGUACGGGUUUAUUGUGGUGUUUACGGGCAUCUUGCCGAUAGCGAAGGAUGAACAUGGACUGGCCGCGAUUUUGGGACAUGAGAUUGCGCACACAGUCGCACGACAUAUGUCGGAGUCGCAGUCAAUGUACAGAGUUGUCUUGGUGUUCGCAACCCUGCUCGAUGUGAUCGGAAUUCCGCUUUCCUCUGCUCUUGCGAAUUUGAUUCUUAGCUUGCCUCAUUCUCGCACACAAGAAAGUGAAGCGGAUACCAUCGGCAUGCGACUUUGCGCGAGAGCCUGUUUCGACCCCGAGGCGGUUCCCAGGCUGGGCAAGCUGGAGGAAAGCGGCUCCAGCUUCGACUUCCUCAGAACACAUCCGUCCUCGUUGAAGCGCGUCGCGGCAACGCAGAAGAUGCUGCCUGAAGCGUACGACAUCCAGGCUUCCAGUCCACGGUGCGGCGGGCUGGUAGACCACAUCGCCGCGUUCAAGGACAGGUGGAGAUCGGAGCCCGAGCCCUCAGGUGGGGAGACGGAGGUGGUGUGGACUUGA